AUGUCUUCUCCGGAAGAUCUCUCAAAAAGGUUGCGAGAGGAAGGGAAUGUAUUGUAUAAGUCUCGAGACUUCAUCAAAGCGAUCCAUAAAUACAUGCAAGCAGCUCGAACAUCCCGAGAUGAUCCAGCACCAAUUCGAAAUCUCUCUUCCGCUUAUUACGAGAGUGGUCAGUAUGAAAUGUGCCUGUUGUUUGCCAAGAAAGCUAUUCAUUUGAUGAACAAAGCAGUCCCUGGCGAUAAAGAUAGUGCCUUCACAACACGCAUUCAAGAAUUGGAGAAAAGAAUCAGAAAAGCCGAGGACUGCUUACCAAGAUAUCUUAUUCAAAAACAGAAAGAACGCAGAGUGGAGAUCUUGGAUCGCCUUGCACGGUAUCAUGGAUCAAUGAGAUCCGCUGGAGACUACGUGCCUAUCGGUCAUGACAAUGCCAAAUCCCUCUUUGGCGAAUCCCUUGCGCUACAAAUCCCUGCCGGCGAGACCAUCUCAUUCUUCAACAGCGGACUAGGCGAUGCUAGACACUUCCUAGCAUCUCUCAUUAGUAUCGCGCACAAAGAAGGCAAGGGAAAGAUACCGAAACGUCGAUAUCACUUCACAUUGAAUGACAUCAAUAGACAUGUGCUUACUAGAGCUCUUAUCAUAUUCUCUCUUCUGGACAAGCUCUCUCGAGUCAAAAAAGACCAAAUGUUUGAGUUGGUGAGCGUCUUAAACACAGUCUACUUCAUCUUUGCAUCAUGUUUAAUGCCCAAAUGGGUCAGCGAACAGCUGCAAGAAGUUAUUGCAGAGCUUUUAAGACGUUUGAGAAAUGGCCAACAGCCAUUAGAGUGGAUUUAUCUGUCUGAAGCAGAUGUUGCAUCCUGCAUCCAAGCGCUCGAAAAUUGGUUAUCUGGAGGCAGAGUAGCGACCUUGUUUACCGCCAAAGAAGUAAUGAAAUCUACAAUCAGCACCAUGGACGACUCUAUAUACAGUAAUAAGAGUGAUGAAUAUUGGGAACAUAUUGGGUUUCACAGCAACAAGGAGAGAGAGCUCUAUUGCGCGACUGGAGUCCUUCUGCCAUGCCUGCAGGCAAUGCAGCGACAUGAUCCAAAAUUGGUGGAUUUGAGCCUCAAGGCACUGCUCAACCCCAGAGGAAGAGAAGCGCGGCUUUUCAUGGCCCAUGUUAUGACGAAUAACUGGGUAUUCAACCCGACACAGCUGGAUUGGGAUUCGCAUACAGAUAUUGGAAACGGGGAGCCGAGAGUCUUUUUGCGAUUUGAUCCAUUUAAUUUGGUCUCGAGACUGUGGGUGGAGCUGAAGGAGGAAUUGCCACCCACGGAACAGCAUCUACAAUUAUUUGAACAUAUUGGGCCGUUUUUUGCGGAAGCAGCAAAAGCAAUUAAGUCUUUGGGUAACAGAUUGAAGGUAGAGAUGGUAAAGGGUGAUUAUAUUGAUGUCGCCGAACGAAUCCAUUUUGGUCUCCAUUAUGAUCCCACUCAGAGCCAGGCACUGGGCAAUGGGGAUAUUGGGUAUCCACGCCCAAAAGACUUCCCAUCAAUUUAUCACCGAAUAACCUUGAGCAAUGUACCGGAUUAUGUCGGUGGCCAUUUAACAACCUUCCUUCAUGCAAUGCCGCUCCUCGCCCGCCACCCUACUAGUCUCGCGGGUAGUGUGUGUCUACGAAAUCCUCCUUUUUUCCGCGACAUGGGUGACUUUCUUGCUGAGUAUCAACUUAUAAGCAGCGAGAAGAUGCUCGAACAAUUGACCGGUGUACGUAUUGUUUUUAGAGGGCAUGGGCCUGUGCCACUCGCCAGCUACACAUACUACUGUUGGAACCAGCUAAAUGAAUCUGUCCCACUUUCAAAACAGGUGAAAGCUCGUCUCUCUCGUGAGGAUCUGAUGAGGUGGUUUCAUGGACUUUUCCUUAGAAUGGCAAUUCCUAUGACGUCCGAUCAUCGUCUCAUUUCAGACAAUAAUCAUAUGAUCUAUUCGCCGCUCAAUCUUACGAUUCUUUUUCGUCAACUGGGUCACCUUCAUUGUCUAGGAUAUCCUGCUCAUUGGCUUUCAGGAGUCCUAGUCCCACUGCUCGAAGACGCCGGAAUGCUCGAGACUGAUGUUCGACCACCAAGCAACGUCCCACUUCGACCCGAUCAGGUUGAUUUAAAGUAUCCGGUCAAGGAGCUUUGUAUCAUGCCUUUUUUGCCAGAAUUGAAAACACUUGCGACUCUCUUUGCUCCUCUUCUCCCAUUCCGCAUCGAUUCAGAUCUCCUCUAUCCCAUCGACAAGAUCCACGAAUACACAAUUGAUCUCUCGCCAUUACCAGGGGGCUAUUUCCAGCCAACAUGCCUCGUUCUCCUUUUCUGGUCACCAAAUGGCAGUCCCAGCGGCCACUUACCUCCUGAACUGUAUCCCAGUCUGCGUCCGUUUCUUGACCCAAGCCGGCGCAAUGGCCCCGCUGAUCACGGAUUUGAAGACGCAGCGCAGAAAAUUGAAGAUUGGAGAGCCAAGGAAGUUAUUGUGUGGUCGACUUUGAAGUUCGAUUUUGAGAAGCAGGAAGCAAAGACAUGGAUGCCGAAACAGAUCAUUGAGCAGAUGGUGAAUAGAAAAUGGAAGUGUGGGCUUAUGAGAAGAGACCUGUGGAUGGUUGUCGGGGCUACGCUUUAUUCGACCUCGGGACGCGUCAGAGACAUGGUGAAGAUGGGAAGAAGAUGGGACGAGGUCUUCAGAGAGGACGAUGACACUGAGAAGGGUGAUGAUGGUAGCAAUGAUGAGGAUGCUUUGCAAGGAAGUGAUCCCAAUCCUAUGGAUCACCGGAUGUUCCAAGUAGUAGUUGAGGAGAUUUUCAACGACAGUAAGAAGCUGGGAGCCGCAAACGAGAACAUGAUUGAUGGUGGCGGGGCGAUGGACAAAAAGAAUAAGAGUUAA